UGUAAACCCGGACAUAAAUGAAUAUAAAAAUCCAGUUUUAACAUAAAUCACUUUUGCCUGGGGCUUAAUCGGGCACGAAUGAACUAGUUUUAAACGUUUUGAGUAUAUAUUCAAAUUUGUUUUGAACUUUUUAAAGUUUGAAAUUUUGUAACGGAAAAUGUCCGGAACUAACGACAUCAAGAAAGUUGGCAUCACCUAUGAGGACAGGCUCCCGUAUCUAAUGUCCAUUGAAACGGGCAAAUCUUUUGCAACAGUAGUCAAAGAACUUUGCAGUCAUUAUCAGCUCCAGAAUCCAGACGACUACACACUGUACUUAAACAUGCCAAAUUGUUAUAAAUUCCUUACUGACAAUAACUGGAGUGAAAUACAAAAUGGAUCUGUGCUGAAUCUUGUGUUGUCUGUUUCCCGACAAGCCAAAGCCAUCCACGAAUCCAUACAAAGACACAAAAGUGAAAAUAUCAAAGAUAACCUGAAGAGACUUUCUGAAUUGUCGACCGAUGAAACCUUUGCAAAUGCCUUCAUAUCUAUUGGUGGUCUUACUACGGUCGAGAAUAUGAUCAGGGGGGCCAACAACGUCGACGAGAGGCUGUCUUACUUGCUAAAAUCUUUCAUCGACUUGAUGGAUUUUGACCCAUCUGCUUGGGGCACUGUCGAUCAUGAAUUCAUCAAAAUUGUGUCCAACUGUACUAACUCUGUGAGGAACUUGGAGAAUUCUGUGGUGCAAGCUUCCUUGGAUAUCAUCGAGUCCAUUAUUAUGAAUUGUCCUGAUAUGUACUCCAUCGUGGAGCAAGAAAUCACAUCAACCAGUCUCAUUCCACAUCUGCAAAGUUCUACGGAGGGAAUUCAGACGAGUGCCCUGGCGGUUUUCAAUGCUUUGUUCAUGAAAGGAAGUAGUGAGAAGAAGCGAAGAAUUGUGGAUAACUCUAAUUUCAAAUCACUGAGGAACAUCAUACUGACAUGCAUCAUACAUAGGGGCAAUCCGAGCCAGGGCAUGCUACGCCAACUCCAUGUCCUCCAGUCCCUCCUCUUCAACGUCAUCGACGAAAAACAAAACGCACCCGUUGACGUCAACGAUUCCAAUGCCCUCUUACAAAUAAAGGAACUGCGUCAGAUAGCAUUCGAUACAGACCCUGAUUUGACACCGAUUGCAAAGAGGCAGAGUCAGUUAAAAGACUUUAAGAGAUUGGGAUUUCAGAACCACAUGAAUCCGAUCGAAGACUUCCUUGCCACACCUCCCGGCCUCCUACCCCUCCACAACAUGAUGUACUUCGCCGAGAACCACAGGGAGAAUUAUACCAAGGUGGUCCUGGAGAACUCGUGCCGUGGAGACGAUCACGACAUGCCCUUUGCACAGGCCAGCAUCGAACUCACCCAGCUGAUCGGCGAAACCCUGAAGAUUGCCGACCAACCGACGGAAGACGGCCGGUCCUACCAUCCACUCUUCUUCACGAACGACCAUUCCUUCGAGGAGUUCUACUGCAUCUGCAUCCAACUCUUCAACAAAACCUGGAAGGAGAUGAAGGCUACCGUAGCUGACUUCACUAAGGUCAUAGGGGUGGUACAGGAGCAGAUAAUACGAGCCCUUGAGAACCAACCAAUGACGUUCGAGCAGUUUCGGAACAAGCUCUCUAAGUUAACCUACCAGGAGAUUUCGAACCUCUGGUACCAGGAAAGGAUGAUGAAGAUUGAAUGGGGACUUCAAGCUGAGCCUAUAUUAGAACUGAGGAAGCAAUUGAAGGUACAAAUCAUAGAGUUGAUCGAGAAGCAGAGGCUCAACUAUCUCACGGAGGGAACCAAGUUUUCAUUGAAAGCUUACAGAAGACAAGACAAAUUCAUGUACUGUCGUUUGAGCGUGAACAUGCUGACGCUGCAUUACGGUGAGUGCGAAGAAAAUAAUGCGCCAUCCUGCGAACAGUUGGCUUACAACGUGGCCAUUAAUGAAAUCAAAGACGUCUUAGUCGGUAAGGACUGCCCACAUGUUAAGGAUAUCAAGAAGAAAGUCGCUAAUGCAAAUCUGGCGUUCACCAUCGUCUUAGAGGAGUCCUGCUCCGCAGAGAGGGCUGACCUUUUGAACUUUCUGGCGCCAAACGAGGAGGUAUUUAACAUCUGGAUGGACGGACUGAACAUUUUGAGGAAGAGACAAAUGUCCAGUGAGGAUAUGAAGCGUGAUCUGGAUACGCUGCUGAACAUGGAGAUCAAAUUGAGACUGCUGGAGGCUGAGGGACUGACCAUUCCCGACACACCUCCUCCCAUUCCACCCCUGCCGUCUAACUUCGAUUUUCCGGAAGAAUUAUUAUAAAUUUUAAUUUAUUACAAAGUAUUUUAUUUAAUAAUUUUUAAAUGACUAGCUAUCGUGUUUUUCCUUCAUCGUGUCUUUUUGUUUAUCUUCCCAAAAUUUCACAUUUUUGAAUUUUUUUACAUUUAAAAAAAAUGUUUUUAUAAGUUUUAUUUGUCGCUGUCUGAUACCAAAGAUAUGUAAUAUUUUGAAUAAAUAAUCGUGUAGAUAGAUAGAUAGAUAGAUAGAUAGAUAGAUAGAUAGAUAGAUAGAUAGAUAGAUAGAUAGAUAGAUAGAUAGAUAGAUAGAUAGAUAGAUAGAUUAGUAAAUAUAUAGAAUAUUUUAAUGUUCAUUGUACAGUGUCACUUGUUUAUGCAAUGUAUUUUUACGAAUUGAAUGCCUGAUUUUUGAAUUCUUAGUUUUUUUACAGGCAUGUAGUUUACACACACAUAUACACACACAAGCGCUCACACAAAUUUAUAUUUUAAAUAAUAAAGACAUACACUCUUUUUUGCUAUAUUAAAUAAAACUCAAUCCUCCCAAACAAAAUUCUAUUUCUUUCCAGAAACAAAUACUAUCAAGAAAAAAUAAUAAAUUAAUGAAAAAAAAAGAAUUGUAACGAGUUUGACACUGAAAAUUAUCCUGACUACCAAGACAAAAACACUAAAUCUUCAAAGAUCCAACGACGUCACCAUCGUCUACUGAUAUAAUUAAAUGUGAAUCGAGGUUAAAAGUAAUUGAGGCGAAUUCGACUGCCAUCAUUAAUUCUGCCCUCCAGCUAUAAAUAAAAUGCUAACAUGUAAACUGUGUAAACAGCAAACACACAUGGUUUACUGCACUGCACAUGUACGUGUGUGUGUACGUGUGUGUGUACGUGUGUGUAAAUGGAUGCAUGAAUGAACAAACGAACGAACGAAUGGAUGGAUGAACACAAAACUUAACAAGAAAAUACUUUUAUAAAAGAUAUAUGCGCGUUAAAUCUUCUCAAUAGCAUCUGAAUCACAAAGUGCACGCAUGUACAACAAAUGCACACAUCUAUCUACGAAUAUAUGUACCGUGCGAGUACAUGUUUCAUGCUUUUAUAACUGCACCAACAUAAAAGAAUGUCUAUUUUAAUUAAACGUUUACAUGUACAAUAUAAACGAAAUGAUAUAGCCGGUACGUACGUGUCUAGUUUAUAACAAGCAAGCAAAACAAAACACAUAAACAAAAACACAUAAAAAACACAAAAAACACAAAACAUUACAAGUUGACAGUCGGUUUGAAAAGUGACAAACAAUGUUUAAGAGGAAGAUUGAUCUAGAAAUGAAUGUAUUUGACGUUUGUGUGACACAUUUGUAUGUGUUUGUUUGUAUACCUAUAUACCUACAAUGUACACGAAAUACACAUGUGUUUGUACAUCGAUAUUUACCAUUGGUAUGUGUUUGUUUGUAUACCUAUAUAUCUGUAAUGUAUACGAAAUACACAUGUGUUUGUACAGCGAUAUAUGUAUGUGUAUACAUUUGUAUUAUAAGCUCUGCAUGCACACAUAUACUUUCAACAGGAGCCAAGCUAACAAAGAAAUUAAAUUCUAAUUAAAGUGCUAUUGUUCUGUUGUUUAUGGUCAUCUGUGGCCAUUAUGGGUUGUCUACGUAGGUAGUCACUGGUGAUUUAAUGCUGCCAAUCUUACUAUGAUGAGGAUGUUGAUGUGUUUGUGUGUGUGUGUGUAGUUGUGGUUGUUGUGUGUGUGUUGUCGUGGUUUGUCUUAAUGUCAUGUUUGUUUCUUUUUGGUGCUGAAGAUUUUUUUCUGUUUUUUUUCUAACUGAUGUACCAGAGUUGUGUGGCCUGUAUGGUAUGUUGAAUCACAUUUUGUUGUCUCCGCUAGAGUUUUAGUUGGUUUGCUGUCAACAUUUGCCUUUAUCGAUUCGUUAUUUUUGA